CGUCUUCCUUCUCUGUUUUCUUUUUCUUUGCAUUUUGGUGAAGUCCCAGCAAGAAUCGAAAAACCUUGCGAUUAGCUCUAAAUCUUCUUUAUCAGAUAUCAUUCCAAGGCUUCUCUGAAGUAGGACUGCUCUUGUACUUAUCAAACAUGGGUGUCAAAGCUAAAAAACGGGACCUCAAACUAAACCACGAGGUGGAAGAAGAAGAAACUGGGAAGAAUGCACUUCCAAACACAGGGGGUAAAGCCAAAGAGCAUAUUGAGCAAUUGCAGAGACUUCAAACUAAGGAUCCAGAGUUUUUUGAGUUCUUGAAAGAGCAUGACAAGGAGCUUCUCGAAUUUAACGAUGAGGAUAUUGAUGAGGAUGCUGAUGAUGACGUUGAAGAUGCUGAUGGUGAUGUGGAGGAUGCUGAUUUACAUGAAAAUUAUAAAAGCAACAAGCCUGUUGUUUCUGAGAAGGAAGAAACACCAUCUAAGAAAUCUAUAACUACGGAAAUGGUUGAUUCUUGGUGUCAUUCAAUAGAAGAAAAUGGAAAAUUGGUUGCUCUUCGUUCUCUUCUGAAAGCUUUCAGGACUGCCUGUCAUUAUGGUGAUGACAAUGGAGAUGACAUUUCAACAAAAUUUAGUACCAUGUCUAGUACUGUUUUCAAUAAAAUUAUGUUAUUUGUAUUAAGCAAAAUGGAUGGAAUACUUAGAAAGUUUCUAAAGCUUCCUAGCACUGGUGGAAAGAAAGAGAUGAUACAAGAGCUGAUGACCACCAAAAAGUGGAAAUCAUUCAACCAUGUUGUGAAAUCAUAUCUUGGGAAUGCCCUUCACAUUCUCAACCAAAUGACAGACACCGAGAUGAUAUCAUUCACACUACGACGCCUCAAAUAUUCUUCUAUUUUUUUGGUUGCAUUUCCUAGCCUCAAACGGAAGUACAUAAAGGUUGCCCUUCACUUUUGGGGUACUGGCGGUGGUGCCCUCCCUGUAACCUCGUUUCUUUUUUUGAGAGAUUUGUGUGUUCGACUUGGAUCAGAUUGUCUCGAUGAAUGCUACAAAGGGAUGUAUAAAGCUUACGUUUUGAACUGCCAAUUUGUAAAUGCAACCAAGUUACAACACAUUCAAUUUCUUGGAAAUUGUGUCAUUGAACUUUUUCGUGUUGAUCUUUCGGUAGCAUAUCAACACGCAUUUCUUUUCAUCCGUCAAUUAGCGAUGAUCCUCAGGGAGGCAUUAAACACAAGAACUAAGGAAGCAUUUAGAAAGGUUUAUGAAUGGAAGUACAUAAACUGCCUGGAGCUUUGGACUGGUGCUGUUUGUGCUUAUGGCUCAGAAGUUGAUUUAAAGCCCCUUGCAUAUCCCUUGGCUCAGAUCAUUUCUGGAGUAGCUCGUCUUGUACCAACUGCUAGAUAUUUCCCUUUGAGGUUAAGGUGUAUUAAGAUGCUAAAUCGAAUAGCUGCUUCAAUUGGAACUUUUAUACCUGUCUCCAUGCUUCUUUUAGACAUGCUAGAAAUGAAAGAAUUAAACAGACCGCCAACAGGAGGUAUUGGCAAAGCAGUUGAUUUGCUGACUAUAUUGAAGGUAAGCAAGCCCACCCUAAAAACACGAGCUUUUCAGGAGGCAUGUGUUUUUUCAGUUAUUGAAGAGCUUGCUGUCCAUUUAUCUCAGUGGAGUUAUUCUGUCUCUUUCUUUGAGUUGUCUUUUAUCCCGGUUGUACGCCUACGUAGUUUUUCUAAAUCAACCAAAGUUCAGAGGUUUCAAAAAGAAAUAAAGCAGCUUAUUCGUCAGGUUGAGGCCAACGCAGAGUUUACAAAUGAAAGGCGUAAUUCAGUUUCCUUUUUGCCAAAUGAUCCUGUUGUAUCAUCCUUUCUUGAGGAUGAAAAGAAGUUGGGGGCCAGCCCACUGUCACAGUAUGUCUCAACAUUACGUCAAAGAGCUCGACAACGAACAGAUUCUCUAUCUGAAUCUAGUGUUCUUUAUGGUGAACAUUCAUCGGUAUUUGGGAAAAGUGGGUCAGACAGCGAGGACGAGGAUACUGAGGGAAGAAAAGGGACCUCAGCCUUUAGUUCCACCUGGUUACCAGGAAGCAAUUCCAACUUUAUAAUUGUUAGGGAGAAGCAUCCAGAAGAAAAGAAAAGCAAGAAAAAGAAAAGAAAGAUGGAGCAACAGGAUAAGGCAGCUCCUAGAGAUGAAGAUGUUGUGGAGGACUUGGUGCUCAGUUCGGAUGAGGAUGAUGAACCUUUAAGUGACACUUCAGCUGAAAGUGAUGGCAAUGAGGAUGUGGAACCUAUUAGAAAGCAGACAAAGAAGCCGAAAGCACGAUCACGAGGAUCAAAGAAGAAGAACUGUUCGCCUGCAAAUAAGGCCAAGAAGAGAAAAACUUCACGAUAAAAAGGAGUAGGCAGAGAUGGUACAUAGCAUUUGCAAGAACUCGACGAAAGAAAUAGGUAAAAUGAUGCCAUUUCCCAUGGUUUUUGCUCUUCAUGGGCUGGUUCCAACAAAAGUUAAGGUGAGCAUUGGAGGUGGAUGGCGAUUUUGAGGGACAUUGGAGGAGGGGAAGCUUUCAAUGGUCAGUGUUUGUCAUCUGAUUGAGAAAAUUAGGAGAGAAGACUACAAGCGGCCCAUUUUUAUUUUUUCAUUUUCUUUAAUGUUGGGCAAUGCCUAGAAUAUUUGCACCAUGGAUAGUUUUUCUAGUUGAAAUAUGUGACAAUGUAGUACUGUCAAGAACGUGUAUGUCAAUGUCAAUAUCUGCAUUAGAUGUAUGAAAAAAUUGAUAUAAAAUUUUGAUGAAGUUAGAUCUCAACAUUAGUCAUCCAACUGAAUUAUGGAUUGAGUUUUUUUCAAU